AAGGUUUCCGGAAAAGAUAACCGCGAGGAUUACAGCGAGAGGUGGUUUAUGUAAAAUUAUGGGUACGAUGAGUAUAUAACGAAUAUCAAUGGGUCAAGUGUACGUCUCCUAUUCUUUGCACUUCCCAUCCACAUCGUCACUUUGACUAUUCUACUCAAAGAGUAAGUCUUACAUCAACCAUGGCGACGACAACUGCUACUCAAAUUGAACUCCAAUCCUUCCCCAAUGAUUCUUCACCUUGGGUUCCAGGUACGAGAGGUCAAUCCGAUCUCGAAGAUAUCAGACAAGAUACAACUCCACCCACGAACGCGGUAGAAGUUUUACAAAGCUGGAAUUAUCCCCCCGAGAAUGUUUUUCGAGUGGGAGCUUCAUUUUGGGCUUUCUUUCUCAUGGGAAUGAAUGAUGGUUCUUAUGGUGUAAGUUCUUCGUCUUCAACCUCAGUCUCAGCCUCUACCAAAUACAUACUAAACAAGAAAAGGCUUUAAUCCCAUUUGUAAGUCACAUACGCCUUUGAAAUCGACAAGUCAUAUACUGAGCCAAGUGAUCAAGCUGGAACAACAUUACCAUCUUUCCUACACCAUCAUAUCUCUCAUCUUCCUCUCCCCUUUUGCAGGUUACACAUUCGCAUCUCUAAUCAAUGAUUCCGUACAUGUGCAUUUUGGUCAACGAGGUGUAGCCAUCAUCGCAGGACUGUGUCAUCUCAUCUCCUACAUAGUACUAUCUCUUCAUCCCCCAUAUCCAGUUCUUGUCGUCAUGUUUAUUUUCGUGGGAGUGGGUAAUGGACUUUUGGAUGCAGCUUGGUGUGCGUGGAUUGGUAAUAUGGUAAGUGCGAAUCAGGUGCAGGGAUUUUUGCAAGCUUGUUAUUCAUUAGGUGGGACGGUUGCACCUUUGAUUUCGGCGGCAAUGUUGGCCAAGUCGGGAUUGGACUGGUAUUACUUUUACUAUAUUAUGGUAAGUGUUGCUCAUUGCCUAGUCAUAAACCAUUGUACGCCAAUUAUCGUGGAUUAUUAUUGAUGAGGCACAGACAGCAGUAGCAGCCACUGUGCUCAUUGCCUCUACCUGGGCCUUCUGGGCCCAAACAGGUCAUGUAUAUGCAUUGGAGAAUCCUCGAGAUGCAAAUGCCAAGACAGGGAGACUUAGAGAAGCAUUGAGUCAUAAAUUGACUUGGAUAUUCGCUGCCUUUAUAUUUGGCUACGUAGGAGCUGAAGGUACUUCCUUUCAACAACCGCAAACUUUCACAAUAUUGACAAAUAUCACAGUAUCUCUCGGAGGUUGGAUCGUCACCUUCAUGACCCAAGUCCGCUCUGGUACAACUUUCUCCUCAUCCCUAACGUCCACCGGUUUCUGGGCCGGCAUGACAGUCGGCCGUAUGUGUCUAGCCUUCUUAACCGCCUGGCUCGGUGAAUUCACUUCUGUGCUCGUCUACCUUGGAAUAUGCGUCAUUCUCGAACUACUUUUCUGGCUCAUCCCUUCAUUCUACGUCUCAGCAGUUGCAGUAGCACUUCUAGGCAUGUUUCUCGGUCCAUUAUUUCCAACAGCAAUUGUACUGGUUACAAAGCUGAUGCCGAAGGAACUACAUGUCGGGAGUGUUGGGUUUGCAACUGCGUUUGGAGGAAGCGGAGGAGCAGUAUUUCCAUUCAUUGUAGGGGCACUGGCGCAAGCUAAGGGAGUAAAGGCAUUGCAGCCGGUUGUGUUGGCUCUAUUAGUGGCGAUUUCCGGUCUGUGGAUGUUGGUUCCUAACAAAGGGAAACGGGACGAGGAUAACCGGGAGAGGUAUUCUGGGGAAGUAGUCAUGGUCCCAAAUUGAUUCAAGUACUCCGUAUAUGGACCUUGGUUUUGAGGUUUGAUCGAAUCUUCUGCCCCAUCCCGAUGUCGCGUUUCCGCACAGUAAUGCAAUUAUUAAAGCAAUUGCGUAGAUGCCUACAGGCAUAGAUGCGUAGAUAUAAUACCGUCUUUUAGUGCUAGACUUCAAGAACGUUCUAGAACCGGCGUUUUUCCAAAAAUCAUCAAUUAUCCACUCCCUUACACUCCCUUAAACCCCCUUUAACCAAACCAUUCUUAGCCCUUCCUGAACAUCCCUUUUCAUCCAACUGACACCUCCACUCAAUACCUUUAAUUCAUUUAAUUCACCAAUACACCCACUUCCCUAGCCUGUUCCUCAUUCUUCGGCACACGCGAAGAGUCGACGAAGUCUUAUAGUUCAAUCGCUGCGGAUGAUGUCAUUAAGCCUAAGAAUAAUGGGUUUUAGACCACGCGGGUGUAUUUAUGUCGGAUUAGUGGUAUAUGAUGUUGAACUUUUUGGAUUAAAAGAUCAAAGACUUAGGGAGGGUUGUUUGUUAUAAAAUGUCUGGGAUGAGUGUGCGAGAGUAGAUG